UACAGCGCCCCUUGCGGCAUUUUCGUCAGCGUUGAGAAGGACCAGGCAGCGACCGCCGUCAACUUCCUUUUCUACACAACAAAAUGUCGAAGAGAGGACGUGGUGGUUCCGCCGGAGCCAAAUUCAGGAUCUCCCUGGGUUUGCCCGUUGGUGCUGUUAUCAAUUGCGCUGAUAAUACCGGAGCUAAGAACUUGUAUGUAAUUGCUGUACAAGGUAUCGGCGGUCGUUUGAACCGUCUGCCAGCUGCUGGCUCUGGUGACAUGUUCGUCGCUACCGUCAAGAAGGGUAAACCAGAACUUCGUAAGAAGGUUAUGCCUGCGGUAGUCAUCAGGCAGCGUAAGCCUUUCCGCAGGAAGGACGGAACGUUCAUUUACUUCGAGGAUAAUGCGGGCGUCAUUGUCAACAACAAGGGUGAGAUGAAGGGCUCCGCUAUCACAGGACCAGUCGCAAAGGAAUGCGCCGAUUUGUGGCCUAGGAUAGCGUCCAAUGCCAGCAGCAUCGCCUAAGAUUCCUCCACAAGUUUUUUGAUUAUUUAAUAAAAGAAAAGUUUUUGAGGGGUAAAUAUACGCAUUUUAUCCUUUGAGAUAGAAACG